AGUGUUAAGUCGCGUGUUAAACUGUCAGCUGACAUCCCGGAAGUUAUCCAAGUAACAAACAUCGCUGCCAGUUUCUGAACAUUUCGUGUUUCUUAUUAGUUUAAUAGCCUUAUUUAGGAAGCUGUUAUGGAGGGUGCACUGGAGCAGCAUCUUGACGAUACGAUGAAAAAUCCAGCUAUUGUUGGGGUUUUGUGCACAGACGCUCAAGGACAUAAUCUAGGGUGCCGGGGCUCACUAUCUGAUGAACAUGGAGGAGUUGUAUCUGUUCUGGCCAAGCAGGCUGCUUCUCUAACCAAAGAUGCCACCGACUGUCCUACAGUGUGCCUGGAGUCUGACUGUGGGAACAUCUUGGUGAGAAGACAUGGAACAAUUACACUGGCUGUGCAUAAGAUGGCAUCGUGAAAUCUGUUGGUCUAAGUUUUUUCAAUUUUAAAGAUCAUUAGUAUGCGUUUGAUAAGCUUCUGCUGUCUAUUGUCGAAACAUAGAAGCUCUAUGGGUGUGUGAAAUCUUGUCUUCCAUCAUAUCAGAAAUCGUCAGAUGUUUGUUGUCAGUGUUUAAUCUAAUUUAUUUUCCUAUAUUAUUACUUUCUUUCAACCAUAAAGCACACUUUAAAUGUCUUCACUGCUUUUUUUGUUCAAACAGUGAAUAAAUGCAUUAAGGAAAUUCACAUGGUUGAGUCUCUGUGGUUGCACAGUUAAGAGAGUUUUAGUUGAAGUAACACAGUGUGUUCAAAAGGGGGCAGCAAUUGUAAUUGAAUCACCUUUAAGAGUAUCUAUGGUGAGUAACAGUUUAUAUACAUGAAUAACAAUUAAAAAUUAAAUGUCGAGACAGAUCAACCCUUCAAAUUAAUUAUCAUCAUCAUCUUGGUCAGUAACUACCAAUAAUAAAAGCUGUGUAAUGUAAACUAGUAAAGCUAAUUUUUUU